AUUUAGAAAUAGAGGGAGCCGUGGAGUCUACGAAUGAAGGGGAAGAGAGAGACAGAAAGAGAGGGAGAGAGAAAGAGAGGAAGGGAGAUAGAGAGAGAGAAGUGGAAGAUGGAGAAAUCAACAGAGGAACUUGAACCGCUUUUCGAUUACAGUCGAGUCCAGCCUUUCAAUUUCGUACCCCUCGACGACGAUGAUUCAGAUUCAUCCCCGAAUCUGACCCCUAAACGAAAAAAGCUUUCCAAUUCUUCUGAAGAGAAGAACGAGAAUGUUACACAGGUGAUUGAUUGCAAAGAAAACGAGGAAGAAGAUUGGCUACCUCCACCUCCCAAGCUUUCUGUCGAUGUGCAAAACCAGCUUGGUGAGGAUUCGACUCUAAAGCAGCUCAGGUUAAAGAAGCAGGAGUUGCUGUUAUUUGCUGAAUCAGCCAAAGAUGUGCUGCGAACUGUGGAAGAGUCUGCAAAAAGAGAACUUGGCAGUUCAUUACAGUCUUCUGUUGAAAGUGUUGCAAGCCAACCAUCCAAGCCUCCUUGUGAGAGAGCUAAAAUAGUUAUUUCUAUCCAGGACAAGGAUGGCCUCAAGCAAUUUCGCAUAUAUAUGGAUGACAAGUUUGAGCGGCUUUUUAAGAUGUACGCGGAUAAACUUAAGCUUGACCUGAAAAGCUUAAUUUUUUGUUUUGAUGGGGAUAAAAUUAGUCCCACAGCAACUCCUGAUGAGCUUGGGAUGGAGGACAAUGACAUUGUUGAAGUGCACAUUAAAUCAAGCUAACUGAGGUCUAAUGUACCGGCAAAGAAAGUCAGAGCAAGGGAUGUAAAUAGGUGGAUAGUUUAGAAGUGAUUUCACAGACAUUUUGGCAUGUUUAGUGAUGCCAUGACACGGGUGGACAAGAGGGAGGGGAUGGUGGAAGCAUGAUAAUGCUAGAAAUUAUCAUGCAGAUCUCUAUUAGCGUGCAUGGGGGAGAAAGAGAGCAACUCCAUGUACACUCAAUCUCUAUUAUUAUUUUAAUUCUCUCCUCACUUUGCCACCUGAUUGUCAGUUUAAUUUUCAUUUUUUCUUGUUUUUUAAUGGCUGUUUGCAUUAACUUCCUCUUUGAUUUUCUCUAAUCGCUGCUUCUUUGACGCAGGUCUUUUGCUUCAGCUGUGGCUCCAUAAUCAACUUGUGUUGCUCUUUUGGAGCUCGCCAUUUUCCCAACUUUUUGGCCCUCAGUUGCUGUGCCAUGCAAAAUUUUGGGAUUUUCUAGGCAACAACAGUAACUAUUAUAAGCUUAUAAGUUGCUUAAUCAUAAGAAAGUGGGUUUCGGAACAAAAAACAAUUCUCCCAUGCUUAUGUCCUCAUGUAACUAUAUGUUGCUAAAAUUGUUUAUGGACAGGACCAUUAACUUAUAGUUGUUUGUACAGACAUCAUGGAUUUCUGCUUCUUGAUUUAAAUUAGACGUGGGUGUCAUUGUAUAUUUGCUGAACCCAAAGUCCAGAUUGGAGCUAGAAUAAAUAUAUUCAAGAACAUGCAUGUACCUUGAGAAAAUGCUGAAAUGAAAUCAAUCAAUUUUGUCC